UGUGCAUUUUAUUCAUCUUGUGGCAAGAAAUCUGGAACAGGAUUGGCAGUUUUGGAGAUCUGAAGAAUAUGGGUGGUUUCACCGCUGAAGAUCUAUCCACCAUCGGCGGAAUCGCCACCGUCUCGCUUCUUCAUUCCUUCAUUCCCACUCACUGGCUUCCUUUCUCCAUUGUCGGUCGCGCUCAGAAAUGGACUCUCUCCACCACUCUCCUCGUCACCGCAUUUGGAGCAAUUUUGCACGUAAUAUCCACUUCACUGCUUGGUAUAACAGCAAUUACCAUGGCUAACACCAUUGCUGGUGAAGAAACAGUGCACAAGAUUGCUUCACUUUUGCUUGUAUUUUUGGGUGGUAGUUAUAUACUUCUGUUUCUGAUGGGAAAGGGUGGCCAUAGUCAUUCGCACAACCAACCCAUGGAGAAAAUGGCUGUAGCUGGACUUAUUCUUGUUCCUGCCUUGUCUCCUUGUGCGACAACACUCCCAGUAUUUCUUGCUGUUGGAAAUUCAUCCUCCAUGAUGGUGCUUGCCAUCAUAGUACUACUAUUCAGCACAAUAACUGUGAUGACUUCGCUAGUAGCAUUGUCAUUUUAUGGGGCCAGUCAGCUGAAGUUUCACUGGGUAGAGCGAUAUGACAAACUUCUUGUUGGUUCAGUGCUGUGUUUAGUAGGAGUCUUGACCCUACUUUUUCAUGAUCACGAUCAUGGAGAAGUAGUUACGAUCGGAGAGCACUCACAUAGGAAGAUUAUUACCUUGUGAGAUAUAUAAAUGUUUUUGUAAUUAACAUGCUUUUGAGCAUUGUCACGGUAAAAAAAAAUGAUGUUGCUGUUUAGAAAAUUGAUCAUCUUGGUCUAGUUUGAGUGAUUGUACACUGAGUUUAUAAUGUGAAGCUAAUGAAUAUUCAAAUUACCUGUUCUGUUGGUACAAACA